AUAUAUGCAUGCAUUAGAAUGUGUAGGGUAUAAAGCUGAAGCACACGGAGGCCAGGCUAUUCGCUGCUGCGUUGCUAAUCCUGCUGCUGCCGAAAUAUUUACUGCUGGUAAAGACAAAAAACUGAUGCGCUGGCAGGUGUGUCAGGGCAGCAGUACUGUUGGCGACGUUGACAGCAGCGGGGAGGCCUUAUUAGAACUACGGUAUUACUUUUGUUCUUUUCAUAUUGUUGCUGCUGAUGAUCAUGCUGCUGCUGUUGUUCUUAUUGUUGUUGUUGCUGCUGCUGUUGCUGCUGCUGGUGAUGAUGAUGAUGAGGAUGCUGCUGCUGUUGCUGCUGCUGAUGAUGAUGGUGCUGUUGAUGAUGAUGAUGAUGAUGAUGCUGUUGAUGAUUAUGCUGCUGCUGUUGAUGAUGCUGCUGCUGCUGCUGUUGAUGCUGCUGCUGCUGCUGCUGUUGAUGAUGCUGCUUGUGAUGAUAGUGUUGCUGCUGCUGCUGCUAAAGAUGAUAAUUAUGCUGCAUCUGAUGAUGAUAAUGCUGCUGCUGCUGGUGAUUAUGGUGCUGCUGCUGCCUUUGCUGCUAGUGAUGAUGCUGCUGAUGUCGCUGCUGCUGAUGUUGUUAUCGCUGCUGUAGCUGCUUGUGUUGAUGCUACUGCUCCUGCUGCUGCUGCUGACAUUGAUGAUUAUGGUGCUACUUCUGCUGCUGCUGCUGCUGCUGCAGGGUCAUGA